AUCCGCCUGCUCUUCUGCCAUCUGAACCCCCUGGCUGUGCCGUCCCACGGGCCAUGGAGAAUGAGCUGCCGGUCCCCCAUACAUCUAGCAGUGCCAGUGUCGCCAGCAGUGCCAGCGGGGUCAGUAGCAGCAGCGGUGGAAGUGGCCGCCCCGCUGGGCCCCAGAUUUCUGUGUACAGUGGCAUCCCUGACCGGCAGACCGUGCAGGUGAUCCAGCAGGCCCUGCACAGGCAGCCCAGCACUGCGGCUCAGUACCUGCAGCAGAUGUACGCCGCACAGCAGCAGCACCUCAUGCUGCAGACGGCGGCACUGCAGCAGCAGCACCUCAGCAGCGCGCAGCUCCAGAGCCUGGCGGCUGUGCAGCAGGCGAGCCUGGUGGCCAACAGACAAGGGAGCACCCCCGGCAGCAGUGUGUCUGCACAGGCCCCGGCCCAGUCAUCCUCGAUCAAUCUGGCAGCCUCCCCAGCGGCAGCCCAGCUCAUCAACCGGGCUCAGAGUGUGAACUCAGCAACCGCCUCGGGCAUCGCCCAGCAGGCUGUGCUCUUGGGCAACACAUCUUCUCCCGCCCUGACUGCAAGCCAAGCACAGAUGUAUCUGAGGGCACAGAUGGCCCAGCCAGGUAACCUGGUGCAGGUAGCUAGGAGCCUAGGCGGCACUGUUCCUUUGUCCCCUCAGCUCAUCUUCACGCCCACGGCCACCGUCGCUACUGUGCAGCCUGAGCUCGGCACUGGCUCCCCCGCCCGGCCCCCCACCCCCGCCCAGGUACAGAACUUGACCCUCCGAACACAGCAGACACCAGCUGCAGCAGCUUCGGGCCCUCCCCCCACUCAGCCUGUCCUGCCCAGCUUGGCCCUGAAACCCACGCCAGGUGGUAGCCAGCCUCUGCCUACCCCAUCACAGGGCAGAAGCACUGCUCAGGGUUCCCCUGCAGGUACCAAGUCUGGCCUAACUGACAGUGUGAUGGAGCCACUCAAGAAAGGAGAUGGCAACAGCAGUGUGCCAGGGAGCUUGGAGGGCCGGGCUGGGCUCAGCCGGAUGGUGCCCGCUGUGGCUGCCCAUCCCCUCAUUGCACCAGCCUAUGCUCAACUGCAGCCACACCAGCUCCUCUCCCAGCCGCCUUCAAAGCACCUGCAGCCCCAGUUUGUGAUCCAGCAGCAGCAGCAGCCAGCGCAGCAGCAGCAGCCCCAGCAAUCCCGGCCCGCACUCCAAGCCCAGUCCCACCCCCAGCUCGCCUCCAUCCCUCCGAGCUUGGCCCUGCAGCCCAGUCCCGAAUCCCAUGCCAUGCCUCUAGGCCCAGUUACAUCCACCCUGCCUCUCCAGUGUCCCACUGCCAACCUAUACAAGCCUGGCAGCACUCAGCAUUGCCACCCUCCCACGCCAGAUGCUGGGCCUCACAAUGGGUAUCCUGAGGGCCUGUCCCACACCCCUCAACGCAGGUUCCAGCAUGCCUCUGCUGUCAUCUUACAACUGCAGCCUGCAUCACCAGUGCCCCAGCAGUGCACCCCAGAGGACUGGAAGGAAGUGGUACCUGGGGAGAAGAGUGUGCCUGAGGCUCGGUCCCGCCCAUCACCGCAUCAGCAAGCCAUUGUCACUGCCAUGCCUGGUGGCCUGCCUGUACCCAAGAGCCCUAACAUCCAGCAGAUCCCAGCUCAUGAGACAGGGCAGGGCAUUGUUCAUGCACUGACCGACCUCAGCAGCCCCGGCAUGACCUCAGGGAACGGAAAUUCUGCCUCCAGCAUCGCCGGCACUGCCCCCCAGAAUGGUGAGAAUAAACCACCACAGGCCAUUGUGAAACCCCAAAUCCUGACGCAUGUUAUCGAAGGGUUUGUGAUCCAGGAGGGGGCGGAGCCUUUCCCGGUGGGACGCUCGUCCCUGCUGGUGGGGAAUCUCAAAAAGAAGUAUGCACAGGGGUUUUUGCCUGAGAAACUUGCACAGCAGGACCAUACCACCACCACCGACUCCGAGAUGGAGGAGCCCUAUCUGCAAGAAUCCAAAGAGGAGGGUACUCCCCUCAAACUCAAGUGUGAGCUCUGUGGCCGGGUGGACUUUGCCUACAAGUUCAAGCGUUCCAAGCGCUUCUGUUCCAUGGCCUGUGCAAAAAGGUACAAUGUGGGAUGCACCAAACGAGUGGGGCUUUUCCACUCGGACCGGAGCAAGCUGCAGAAGGCAGGAGCCACGACCCACAACCGCCGUCGGGCCAGCAAAGCCAGUCUGCCAACACUUACCAAGGAUACCAAGAAGCAGCCAACAGGCGCUGUACCCCUUUCUGUUACUGCUGCAUUGCAGCUAACACAUAGCCAGGAAGACUCCAGCCGUUGCUCAGAUAACUCAAGCUACGAAGAACCCCUGUCACCCAUCUCAGCCAGCUCAUCCACCUCCCGCCGGCGACAAGGCCAGCGCGACCUGGAGCUCCCUGACAUGCACAUGCGGGACCUGGUGGGCAUGGGACACCACUUCCUGCCCAGUGAGCCCACCAAAUGGAAUGUAGAAGAUGUCUACGAGUUCAUCCGCUCUCUGCCAGGCUGCCAGGAGAUAGCAGAGGAAUUCCGUGCCCAAGAAAUCGACGGGCAGGCCCUGCUGCUGCUCAAGGAGGACCAUCUGAUGAGUGCUAUGAACAUCAAACUGGGGCCUGCCCUGAAGAUCUACGCUCGCAUCAACAUGCUCAAGGACUCGUAGGGCUGGCCGGGCAGCCACGGUUCUGGCCCAGGACGCCUCCACCCAGCUGAGCAGAGCCAGACAGACAUUCCUGAGGGGCCCAGACGUGGGGCCAGUCGGAGGGCAGGGGCUCUCCCUGUGGGGCAUGGCUGGUAGGGAGGUGUUGGCACCUCCUAGUGGCUCUCAGGGGCCUUUCUUUCUGUGGGAGGGGCAGAGAGGUAGGUGGCGCAGAAGAUGGGGCUUUAUGCUUGUAAAUACUGAUAGCACUGGCUUCCUCCAAAGUCCCAACACUCUAGCCCCGCUCUCUUCCCCUCUCUGUCCCCCAUUUUCCAGGGGGUAUAUGGUCAGGGCUCCCAACCUGAGUUGGGUUACUUCCAAGGGCAGCCGUCAGGCCUGGAUAGAGGCCUUGAAAGCCCUUCCUGCCUUCCUCCCACUUCCUUCUCCAGGCCUGGCUAACUCUCCUGCCGCCAGCUUCUCCCCCUUCAGCUUGUUUCUGAAGCAGCCAGGUGUUCCCCCUUCACCCUCUGCAGGUGGAGAGAGAGAAGCUGGGCCCAGUUUGCCAUGCCUGCUGGCACAGACGCCUUAAACGCUGUGUGUGUGACUGUAUGACUGUGUGGGAACCUGGACUGACAGAUAGGCCAAGAGCCACCCUCUGCAUCUCCAGGUGUUUUGUAGCAAACAGCCACUUAGUGCUUUGUCCUGGACUCCACUCGGCCUCAGGAUGGGGAAUAGAAACGAAGGGCGGCCCCCGUGCAGAGAGGCAAGAUCAGAAGGCGACAGUUAGAUGCUCCUCUCCAGGCUGGCCAUGACGCCUCUGAAGUCCCUUCCCCACACUGUGAAGUCCCCCGACUGCCCUGCUGUCACAGCAUUAAAGAAGCUGCCGGCCACAGUGCUGGUGGGCGGGCUGGGUCAGGCUGAGCCUCCUGCCCGCCGCCCUGGGAGCCCAGUGGUGAGGCCCAGACAACCUCUGAGGGAGAGAAGAGCUGGAGUGACCGCUGAUGUGGAGAAGGCAGCCUCUGGCCUCCCACUCCCACACUUGGCCUUGCGAACCUGCUAGCAGCAAUUAGAGCUGCCUGCGGAGGAGUCAGGGCGGGAAGGGUGAGGCCUGCCUCUGACUUGCCCUGUUCUCGGUAGCUCCCCGGGGGGGAGAGGGGCCUCUCCCGGGAAGAGGUGGCUGCCUUCCUCAGCUUGUUCUGUUCCCCACUCACACCCCUGGCAGGGUUGGAAAUGAAGGACUUUUUUAACCAUUUGUUUCUGUUUUUUAAAAAUAAACCUGUAAAAUCCGUU